GCCGACGCUCCGUGGGCCGGGCCGGCGGCUCUACGCGAGGGCGGCGGCGGCGGGAGCGCGCUAUGGGGGCGGCAGAGCAUGACCUCUACCGGGACACGUGGGUCCGCUACCUGGGUGAGCGCCUUUGGCACCGUACCGGCACGUGCGCGGGGCCCCCGCGCGGCACCCCGGCGCGUGGUCCAAGGUUACGCCAAUGAGGUGGGAGAGUCCUUCCGCGCCAUUGUGCCUGCCUCACUGGUGUGGGCCAGCUACGGCGUGGCGACUGCCUACGUGACGGCUGAUGCCGUCGACAAGGGCAAGAGAGCAGCAGCGGCCCACACACACGACUCUGGCAAGACGGCGCGGGUGGGGGUGGCCGUGGCAGACACCUUUGUGUGGCAAGGCCUGGCCUCCGUGGCCAUCCCCGGCUUCACCAUCAACCGCAUCUGUGCUGCCUCCCUCCACCUCCUGGGCUCACUGACCCGCUGGCCGCUCCCUGUCCGCAAGUGGACCACCACAGCACUGGGGCUCGCCACCAUCCCCUUCAUCAUCAAACCCAUUGACAGGGCUGUGGAUUUCCUCAUGGACUCCAGCAUUCGCAAGCUCUACAGCACUGAGGGAGAACCCCCGUCCUCGUCCUGAGCCGCCGUGGUGCAACUCAAGGGGCUAGUGGCACCCUUCCACCCCCUGCAUCAGUGCCAACCCUGCACCAUGCACUUCGCUCACCAGUGGGACUGGCUCCUGGAGGGGGUUAGCUCUCAGCGGGGCCUGCACCAAGCCAGCAGCAACUAGGGGUUCCUGGCAGAGCCAGACCAGCCCCAUCCUCAGGACUGGUAGGAAACCAAGGCACUUUGAUGACUUAGGCUGCUGCAAUACGUUCACUGUGAAAUCAUCCUCAGGUCACGGCCCCAGAGAAGCCCCAUCAGAUGGUCUGCUCUGCUGGCACCUAUUGACUCUGCUCACAGACUGGUCCUAAUAAACCAUUUCAGAUCUGA